AUGGCGCUGAACAAAGCCACGUUCGAGACCAUAAACCCAUCUCGAUUCAUCGCCUUCACCUUCCCCAACCCCCAAAAUCCCACCUCCCGCCUCCGAAUUGCCGUCCUCGACUCGCCAGGUCGACCGGCCGAUCCGCCUCGAGUGGCCGCCAUGUUCGUCCCCGACCGCCGCGAGUCCGACUGGAUCUUCUCCACCGAAUCCGGCCACCUCCAGCUCCUCCUCAACUCCCCCAGAAUCUCCCGCCUAAUCCUCGCCGGCAAUCAGCCCGGAGGAGAUUCCCGCCCUUCGAUGGAGAUUUACCGUCGUCAUCCGGUGGAAAACGACAUGUCGUACCGGAACGACCUCGAGGUUAGCUUGAACCCCCUUUUUCUCGCUUUGUCGCCUAAGUCCUGCUUCGAACACGGAAUUCCCGAGAUUCCCAUUUUGAGUUACGAGGAUAAUGUGAUUUCUAGUGUGGUUUUGGGAACUUUUGUUGGGUCUUUGGUUGGUGAAAUGUUGGUUGAAGAUGUGGAGAUUGAAAAUAAAAAGUGCUCAGAAAGGGAAUUUAGGAGGCGAUUGAGGUUUAAGAGAAUGCCCAAUUUGGUCCAAACUGAAGUACGCAUUGUUCCCAAGAUGGGUUUUGGAUCAGAUUGUGGGGGAAUUGGUGAAGUUGAGUUGUUUAGGCCUGAUGUUGGGGUUUUAGUACAUCCUUACUUGUCUCCAAUGGUGGCAAGCCUUGGGCUAAUUAGUGGUCAUAUUGAGGAAAGGUUUUGUGGUGGGUUUAUGCCAAGAGCUUUGUGUUUAGGAGUUGGUGGUGGGGCUUUGCUUGCAUUUCUCAGAACCCAACUGGGUUUUGAGGUAUUGGGUGUGGAAGAGGAUGAGGAGGUUUUGAAGGUUGGUAGAGAGUUUUUCGGAUUGGAAGAAUGUGAAUUUCUCAAAGUUUUUGUUGGGGAUGCGAUGGAGUUUGUUGAGAAAGUUGCUCUUUGUGCUCGUGGGGAGAAUGCAAGUUCUUUGAAUGGUUUUGACAUGGAUGGUGUUGGUGGUGAAUUUGAUGUUAUCAUGGUUGAUUUAGAUUCGUGUGAUGCCGAAAAUGGUGUGUGCGCUCCACCGUUGGCGUUUAGAAGGAAGCGUGUCCUUUUGGCUGCUAGAUCGAUUCUCUUUGAUAAGGGAAUCCUGGCUAUCAAUGUUGUUCCUCGGAAUAGCGCCAUUUAUGAGACAAUGAAGCAUGAUUUUCGAGAGAUUUUCAGUGAGUUGUACGAAAUAGAUGUGGGAAAUGGAGAAAAUUUUGUUCUUAUUGCCAUGGCAACACCCCGUACACCUUCAAUAAGCGACUCUGAUUAUUCUUUCAUUAGUAAGCUGCGAGGGGUUAUUUCAGGAGCAUUCAUGGAUUCGAUAAAGAAAAUUUGAAGUCUUGUUGUGAUCUUCGGGUGGUAGAGGAAGAUCUUAUCCAAAGACCCUCCGGGAGCCAGAGGAAUAUGGUUGAUUUGCUCUGGAUGCAAGGAGUAUUAAACCAGCCCGACUCUUCCCUUAAUAGUGCAUUGUCCACAGUAGUUUCUUCCCCACUAUGCCAUCCAAAAUUUAUAUCGGUCAAGACUACUGGACUUUCAGACACAGGCUAAACUUUAUUUCUUUGACUGCCAAUCACUUGCUCUUGCAUUUGAUGAUGUUUCUUCAGGUUGUAGCGGCAGUUGGAUUCAACAACAAGAGGCUUGAGAUUCCACCCAAUGCAAAUCCUCUAGUAGCCGCUGGGCCAAGGUUAAGCUGGGAACCAUAUCGACGCCCCUCAUUCUCGUAUGUCAUGGAAGCCUUGCACAUAUGAUAUUGAAUUCCUCAUAUCGACCUGGUUAACAUAUAAUAUGACCUGAAAUAACAGCAAGAACAAACAAGUGGCCAAUGAAGGCUCCUCAACCCUUUUUCUUUUUUCUUUUUUUUUUUUCCUUUCUUUCCCUUCUCAAAAAUUGAAAAUACAAUUUUAUACCCCCUAGAUUUUGUUGUAGUUAUUAGUCCUGUCUCAUAAACAUUUCUUGCUUUGUCACUGAGAACAAAAUCGUCUCUCUCUCUCUCUCUGGUUGUUGUUGCUUGUAUAAUUUGAACUGACUUGCCAAAAUAUAGUUUUGAUUAUCUAUGUCACUGAACUUGCAAGACCUAAACGUAAAAUUGAACAUAUGUAUAGCAAAGAAGAAAC